AUGCUUUCUGCUUUGCCAGAAUUCUGGCUUUCUUCUGACGCUGUUGGCGUGGCCUUGGCAAGUUCGGCUCUUGGUCUGAGGCUUCAUGCUUGCACGGCCAGAGAUGAGGAGGUCUUCAAGCGAGAGACGCUUUUGCUCGGCAAACAUGGCUUUGCGGGCGUUGCGUGUUUGGGCUAUGGACAUUGGAUACGUUUGCCCUUUGGUCCACAGGAGCUGGAAAGGAGAGUCGAAGUGGCGGCAAAGGCACGGAUUGAAGACUUGCAGAAGCAGCUAGCAGAGUUGCACGCAGCAGAAGCAGCCAAAGAUGAGCUGCAGAAGGACCUUGAUCGGUCAAGGUUGGAGGAGUCAACAACCCGACAAAUGCACGAGGACAUGCAGAAACAACUUGCAGAGCGUGAGAGAAAGCUUCAAGACGACAAUGCAAAGCUGACAGAGGCCGGGGUGGCUGGCAGGCUUUGCGGCUUUGCGGGCGUUGCGUGUUUGGGCUAUGGACAUUGGAUACGUUUGCCCUUUGGUCCACAGGAGCUGGAAAGGCGUCGAAAAGAGCAGACAGAAAUGGAGAAGGUGCGACAGCAGAAAAGGGAAGCAGUCAGUGAAGUUCGUUGCAAGGGCAAAGAAACAUUACAUUUGCAAAGUUUACACAACCACAUUAAGUAA